CGCUCUGCGCUCCGCUCCGACCUCCCCGUCUCUUCCCUCGCAGCCUGCAAGAUCUGGAGCGGGAUGAGGAGAGCCUGAGCGACAAGGACUGCGUCCGGGAGAAGCUGAGCCUCAUCCAUGGCUUCCUGCAAGCCGACGUGCAGGACCAGCUCGUGGACCUGGAGAGCAGGCUGCGGCGCGAGGAGCUCUCGGAGGAGAGGUACCUGGCCAAGGUGAAGGCCCUGCUCCGGCGGGAGCUCUCGGCCGAGAACGGAGACGCGGCGCCGCUGCUCCCGGCCUCCAACGGCUGCUCCAAGAACGGCGCCUACGGGAGCGAUGAGGACUCGGAGCGCGCCGGGCCGGAUGGGGAGGAGGACGGCGCCAUGGAGAUGGAGGAAGCKGCCGCCUCGUCCUCCUCCUCCUCCUCCUCGUCCUCGUCGGCUCCCACGCCGCCGGCGCGCAAGGCCCGCAGGAGCAGAUCCAACGGGGAGAGCAAAAGGUCUCCCGCCAGCGCCCGGGUGACGCGGAGCUCCGGCCGGCAGCCCUCGCUCCUGGCCAUGUUCUCCAAGGGAUCCACCAAGAGGAAGUCGGACGAGGUGAACGGGGAGCUGAAGCCGGAGAAGAGCCUGGAGAAGGAGGAAGAGGAGCUGGAAGAGGAGCAAGACGAGAAAAGGAUUAAAAUCGAAGCCAAAGAAGGGUCCGACAUAAAAGACGAAAUCCCUCAGGUUAAAAUGACGCCGCCUGCCAAAACCACCCCUCCCAAGUGCGUCGACUGCCGGCAGUACCUCGACGACCCCGACCUCAAGUUCUUCCAAGGGGAUCCCGACGACGCGCUCGACGAGCCCGAGAUGCUCACGGACGAGCGGCUGUCCCUCUUCGACGCCAACGAGGACGGCUUCGAGAGCUACGAGGACUUGCCCCAGCACAAGGUCACCUCCUUCAGCGUCUACGACAAGCGAGGCCACUUGUGCCCCUUCGACACGGGCCUCAUCGAGAGGAACAUCGAGCUGUAUUUCAGCGGCGCCGUGAAGCCCAUCUACGACGACAACCCGUGUCUGGACGGAGGGGUGAGGGCCAAGAAGCUGGGGCCCAUCAACGCCUGGUGGAUCACGGGCUUCGACGGAGGGGAGAAGGCCCUCAUCGGCUUCACCACAGCCUUCGCCGACUACAUCCUCAUGGAGCCCAGCGAGGAGUACGCGCCCAUCUUCGCGCUCAUGCAGGAGAAGAUCUACAUGAGCAAGAUCGUGGUGGAGUUCCUGCAGAACAACCGCGACGUCAGCUACGAGGACCUGCUCAACAAGAUCGAGACCACGGUGCCUCCCGCGGGGCUCAACUUCAACCGCUUCACGGAGGACUCGCUGCUGCGGCACGCGCAGUUCGUGGUGGAGCAGGUGGAGAGCUACGACGAGGCGGGCGACAGCGACGAGCCGCCCGUGCUCAUCACGCCCUGCAUGCGGGACCUCAUCAAGCUCGCCGGCGUCACCCUGGGCAAGAGGCGAGCGGCGAGGCGCCAGGCCAUCCGGCACCCCACCAAAAUAGACAAGGACAAGGGCCCCACCAAGGCCACCACCACCAAGCUGGUGUACCUCAUCUUCGACACCUUCUUCUCCGAGCAGAUCGAGAAGGACGAGAAGGAGGACGACAAGGAGAACGCCACCAAGCGCCGGCGCUGCGGCGUCUGCGAGGUGUGCCAGCAGCCCGAGUGCGGCAAGUGCAAGGCCUGCCAGAACAUGGUGAAGUUCGGCGGCAGCGGCCGCAGCAAGCAGGCCUGUUUGCAGCGGAGGUGCCCCAACCUGGCCGUGCGCGAGGCCGACGAGGACGAGGAGGUGGACGACAACAUCCCCGAGAUGCCGUCGCCCAAGAAGAUGCUGCAGGGCAGGAAGAAGAAGCAGAACAAGAGCCGCAUCUCCUGGGUGGGGGAGCCCGUCAAGAGCGACGGCAAGAAGGACUACUACCAGAAGGUGUGCAUCGACUCGGAGACGCUGGAGGUGGGCGACUGCGUGUCCGUGAGCCCCGACGACCCCACCAAGCCCCUGUACCUCGCCAGGGUGACGGCCAUGUGGGAGGACAGCAGCGGCCAGAUGUUCCACGCGCACUGGUUCUGCCCCGGCACAGACACCGUCCUGGGAGCCACCUCGGACCCGCUCGAGCUCUUCCUGGUGGACGAGUGCGAGGACAUGCAGCUCUCCUACAUCCACGGCAAGGUCCAGGUCAUCUACAAGGCGCCCUCGGAGAACUGGUCCAUGGAGGGCGGGCUGGACAUGGAGAUCAAGAUGGUGGAGGACGACGGCAGGACCUACUUUUACCAGAUGUGGUACGACCAGGAGUACGCGCGCUUCGAGUCGCCCCCGAAAACGCAGCCCACCGAGGACAACAAGUACAAGUUCUGCAUGAGCUGCACGCGCCUGGACGAGGUGAGGCAGAAGGAGAUCCCCAGGGUGGCCGAGCCCCUGGAAGAGGGGGAYGGGAAGCUCUUCUACGCGCUGGCCACCAAGAACGGAGUGCAGUACAGGGUAGGAGACGGCGUCUACCUCCUGCCGGAAGCCUUUUCCUUCAGCGUGAAGCCGGCCAGCCCGGCCAAGCGGCCCAAGAAGGAGGCGGUGGACGAGGAGCUGCACCCGGAGCACUACCGCAAGUACUCCGAGUACAUCAAGGGCAGCAACCUGGACGCGCCCGACCCUUUCCGCGUGGGCCGCAUCAAGGAGAUCUUCUGCAGCGUGCGCAGCAACGGCAAGCCCAACGAGGCCGACAUCAAGCUGCGCAUCUACAAGUUCUACAGCUCUUUCCUCCCGCAGGCCUACAACGCGAAAACCAAGAGCUUUGAGGACCCUCCGAACCACGCGCGGAGCUCCGGCCACAAAGGGAAGGGCAAAGGGAAAGGGAAAGGCAAGGGCAAAGGGAAGGCGGCGGCGAGCGGCGAGCAGGGCGAGCCGGAGGCGCCCGAGCCGCGGCCGCCCAAGCUGCGCACGCUGGACGUCUUCUCCGGCUGCGGCGGCCUCUCCGAGGGCUUCCACCAGGCGGGCGUCUCGGAAACGCUGUGGGCCAUCGAGAUGUGGGAGCCGGCGGCGCAGGCGUUCCGCCUCAACAACCCCGGCAGCACCGUGUUCACCGAGGACUGCAACGUGCUCCUCAAGCUCGUCAUGUCCGGCGAGAAGACCAACUCGCUGGGCCAGAAGCUGCCGCAGAAGGGCGACGUGGAGAUGCUCUGCGGCGGCCCGCCGUGCCAGGGCUUCAGCGGCAUGAACCGCUUCAACUCGCGCACCUACUCCAAGUUCAAGAACUCCCUGGUGGUCUCGUUCCUCAGGACGUACUCGGGCCCGUUCCGCACCAUCACGGUGCGCGACACCAUGUCGGACCUGCCCGAGGUGCGCAACGGCGCCUCGGCGCUCGAGAUCUCCUACAACGGCGAGCCGCAGUCCUGGUUCCAGCGGCAGAUCCGCGGCUCCCAGUACCAGCCCAUCCUCCGGGACCACAUCUGCAAGGACAUGAGCGCCUUGGUGGCGGCGCGGAUGCGGCACAUCCCGCUGGCGCCCGGCUCCGACUGGCGGGACCUGCCCAACAUCGAGGUGCGCCUGUCGGACGGCACCACCACGCGCAAGCUGCGCUACACCCACCACGAGAGGAAGAACGGGCGCAGCAGCUCGGGCGCCCUGCGCGGCGUCUGCUCCUGCGCCGAGG